AUGGCGAUGGCCGUGAACGCCACCGAGCUCUACGUCUCCGCCUGCCGCUGCGCCGUGCUGAUGUCGGGUCGCGACGAGGGCGAGAGGCAGGAGGAGGAGCAGCAGCAGGUGCCCGUGCGGCGGGAUGAUGAUGAUGAUGAUGGCGGUGGUGGUGGUGAGAAAGAGGAGGAGGAGACGACGCGGGAAGACGACGACCGUCGACGCCGCCGCCGCCGUCGUGAGGAGGAGCGGGAUGAGGAGAUGGCGUCGCGCCGGGGUUACGAGGCCGACCUGCGCACGCUGCUGCCGUACCUGCGCCAGUCGCUCUCCUGCGCCGUCUGUGGGAGUCUCCUGAAAGAUCCGGUUGGCCCGGGAAGGUCGGUGUGCCAACACUUUGUGUGCCGAAGGUGCGCAGGGCAGAAGAUGCAGAUGAAGCCGGCGUGCAGUUGGUGCAAAGACUACGGGGCGUUCGUGGAAAACGAGCAGCUUCGUGUUCUCCUGGCGUGUUACAAAAAGCUUUGCGAGUUUAUAUCGGGCUGCGACGUCGUGGGGAACGUGGCAGAGGAAAACAUGUUUCCGUUUAGUUUGAAUAUUUUGCUGGAAGAAGGCAUAACGUUGGUGCAAGAUGAAGACAAGUCCCGGGUACCGUGCUGCACGGAGAAAGCUAUGAAAAUAAUACGCAGAUUGACUCCGCUGCAGGUGGUUCAAGUGCAGACCGCACAAAGAUCUGUCACCUCAAAUCAACCAGUUGACAUUGCUGAAAGAAGUGUUAAAAUUGGGAAGAAAACUUUUAGAAGUGUUACUAAGAGAAAGAUCUUGAAAAGAUGUUUGCCACAGACAAGUAAAGAUGCCUGUGGUGUGGAAGCGACUGAGCAUCAAAACAUUAUUCAGCCGACCACUGAGGGGCUUCCUUUGUUACACAAAAAGUCAUCUGAUGAACGUUUGUGUACCUCAGUACUAAAAAAAACUACUGAUAAUAAACAUAGCAGUGUCACUGAAAGACUAAAGAAUAUGGUAAGCACAUACAAUGCUAAAUACAGAAAGAUUAAAAAGUUACGAGGUUUUCAAGAGUGUGUUAGCUCAGUGAAAUCUGUGUGCAAAAAGCCAAAAGGAAAAACAGGGUGUAAAUGUGGUCGUGCACCAUGCACCACUAGCGUUCUUACAUGCCGAGGGCAGCGCUGUCCCUGUUAUGCAAAUCGUAAGGCUUGUCAAGAUUGCAUAUGCUGUGGGUGCAACAAUUCCUACAUGGAAAAUGGUAGAAAGAAAUUGGAAUCUUUUGCUGUCCCUGAGAUGGCUCACAAGCAGAGCCGAUUGCAGAAGAAUGUCAGUGGUGCAAGUCCAUCGGCCUCCACAAAACAUUGUGGACAGGAGUAGACAUUAAAUGGAUCUGACUUUUUACUUUUUCACCAGGAAUUUGUUUAGUCUUGUGAAAAUAACACGAAUUGUGUAAAUCAGUUUCGCAGUUUUGAACGUGCUGUAGAUUUACUUCUUCCCGCCCCUUUCCCCAAACACAGUGUUCUUCUAUUUUUUUGAAAAAAGCAGGCAGUUUUGAUCAAUCCUAGACCAAAGAUGGGAAUAAAAAUUGUGGGCAAACCGGUAGCAUUUUGCAUUUGGGUUAAAUGAUUACUCUCAAUUUGCUAUAAGGAUUAGCAUUGCCUUUAUUGUGCUGUUUGUAAGCCAUGUGUUAAAUGCAGGUGUUGUUGUUGUAUCCUUAAAUUCUGCUAUAACCAAUGAAAAGGAUUUAUUAAUUGUGUAAUCAGUAAUCGUCGGAUGAUGUCCGAAGGCACUGGACAGUCAAGGGUUUGCACCUGAGCUGGAGGGUUUGAAUC